GCUAGAAAUGUUCUCCUGUUCAUUCUACCUAAUCAUGUAUGUAUCGAUGGAAUUCAAGCAGGGGCCGAUUCCAUCAAAUAAUCGCCUCCGUCCUUUUAAAAGACGAUCAAACAUGAAAAUUUUUCUUUUUGAUUUUAAAAGGUUUAAAAGCAUUCUCUUCUAUUAUCUAAUCAAAACUGAGUCGAGAAAGCUAAUUUUGAGAAUUUUAGAAGCUAAAAUGGACUCAGAAUCUGCGAAACACGAGUAGAAUGGCAAAGAGGUUACCAGUCAAUUUUGCAAAGGGGUUUUUCAUGACCGCCUAUAGUCACUAGUAUAGUAAUGAUAAGAGCUUAUAAAAUGAUUAAUUAAUUUAGCAAUGAUGAAAGGUGUGUUGUUUGGAAACCAACGAAACGCACGAAUGAAAUACCCACGCGUAUUGGCCAUGAUGUUUUGGCUCGUACUGAGCUGAAACUAAAAACAGUGUUAAGUGAACCGGUACCAUCUGGUUGGUUUGCUCACUAUUUCGACUCGGAUAUCAGUACAGAAAAGUAUAAAAUGGAUGAAUUUUGUAAAAUAUUUCAAAUCACUCCGGUGCUUGGUCAACGUCUUCUCAAAUAUCUUUUAAAUUUUGAUUACGAUUCAACAACUCUCAUAGAUGGUUCUGAUGUAAUAAAAAUUGGUUAUGUUCUUUGGGAGAGUACAGCGUGUAUCAAAGCUCUCAUUUUAUUUGAGGUAUUUGAUGAAGACGGAAAUAAAUUGAUUACCAAAAAUGACAUGAAAAUAUUUUAUCGGAAUUAUUUUAAAGAUUUUAACUUGCCAGUCGCUGAUCAUGAGUCGAUUAUUAACACGAUUCUUGAUACAUGUCAAUUCAACGAAGAUGAUGUAAUUACUUUUGAACAUUUUCAUGAAAUCUUGGUCAGAAACAGUGGUCCGUUAAACCAAUUAUUCAAAAUUCCGUUCAAUGAUAAACGACCAAACGAUAAAAAGUCGAAGCGUUUUUUCUCCAUUACAUACAUAAUCAAUAAUCUGAAACGAACUGUCUUUCUCUUAUUCUAUGUUCUUGUUAAUGUGAGUAUCAUCAUUUGGAUCGUCAUUCGACGUGAAACCGUCAUCUAUCGUGUUUAUUCUAAAAUGAAUGGAUACAUCAUUGUAGCUAAAAUAUGCGCAAUGUUACUUUGUUUCAAUUGUUCAUUCAUUAUUGUGCUAAUGUUAAAACAGACAAUCACUAUAAUUCGAAGUUCGUUUCUACGCUAUCUAUUACCAGUAGAUGAUCACAUUAGUUUUCAUCGAUAUGUUGGAAGAUUUAUAGCUGUUUUAGCCUUGAUACAUGCAUUUGCUCAUAUUGCGGAUUUUGCUGUUAUAUCAUCACCUUACAGCUGGGCUCAAUUGAUGUUCACUUUUCUUGCUAAUCAGGACACUAUCGUUCGUGGUUUUGCUCCGUUAAGUGGUAUUGUACUGCUAUUAAUAACGACUGUAAUUAUAAUAUGCUCAAUGGAAUUUGUUCGUCGAAGUGGUCAUUUCGAGAUAUUUUACUGGACUCAUCUGUUAUAUAUACCAUUGUUCGUCAUGUUGAUAUUGCAUGGUAACGAUUUUUGGAAAUGGAUCGUUGUGCCAGGUACGAUAUUUGUGUGUGAGAAAAUUUAUUCAAUCAUUCAACGUUAUUGUACACUAUAUGGUAAAACAUAUGUGAAAAGUGUGUCGAUCAUCGAAAGUAUGACGAAAACAGGCAAAGUUGAAUCGACCGUCAUUGCUCUGACGAUCAAUCGUCCAUUGAAUUUUGAUUUUAAGCCAGGCGAUUAUAUAUUCAUCGCGAUACCAAGUAUUGCUACUUACGAAUGGCAUCCGUAUACAAUUUCAAGCGCACCAGAUACAAAAGGAACAUUGACGGUACACGUCCACGCAGUUGGUAACUGGACCAAUAAAUUAUUAGAAUAUUAUAAACGAAAAAUGGAUAAUCGAAAUGAUUUACACGAAGUUACUGUUCUGCCCGUUUCUCCUAAUCAAGAAGAAAAUAAUAAGAACAAAAUGCUUACAACAUCAGCACCAACAAAGAUCUUGGCAGCGGAGGAUUUAUUAUGGAUCGAUGGUCCUUAUAGUUCGUGUGCUCGAUACAUAUUUGACUGUCAACAUGUCAUACUCAUUGGUGGUGGAAUUGGUAUUACUCCAUAUGCCAGUAUUCUCUCAUCAUUGAUGGCUCAAUUUCGUUAUCAGCGCGUUGUGUGCAAAAACUGUAAUCAUGUGAAUUAUACUCAUGAUUUUGUUGAUGACCGUACAUUGAGAAAAGUGGAUUUCAUUUGGGUUAAUCGUGACAUACAAUCAUUCGAAUGGUUUCUUGAAUUGUUAGAUAGUUUCGAACAAGAACAAGAGUCCUAUUUAAAAAAUUGCAAUGAUAGUAAACGAUUCUUAGACAUCCACUUGUAUUUUACCGGUAAUAACGAGAGCAAAUCAGGUAACGUCCCAUUGGCGUUGGCAUCAUCUCUCUAUCAUAAAGGAAGUGGUGAAGACAUAUUUACUCAUCUAAAGUCAAAAACGAAUCCUGGACGACCAAAAUGGAAUGAAUUAUUCAAACAGAUCAAUGAAAGUAAUGAAAAUUUAGCACAAGAAAACGAAAACAAUCCAAAACGUGAUAUCAAUGUCUUUUUCUGCGGUAGUCCUGUAAUGGCUAAAACGGUGAAAUUAUACUGUAAAAAGUACACUUUCAAAUUUCAUAAAGAACUAUUUUAG